AUGAGCAAGUCCCCACUUUGGUCCGCGCCCUGGACCCUCGAGGCGCGCGUCUUCGCGACGAAGGCCGAGCUCAGCGUCGAGGAGGAGGCCGCGGCCCUCGGCGACGACGCCUGGCUCCUGGAGUCGUCGCGCGUCGCCCUCGACGGCGUCGCGGCCUCGACGACGCUCCGGUCGCUCAAGGAGCGCGUCGCCAGGAUCCGGUCGUGCCCGCCGGAGCGGCAGACGUGGUUCGCGAGCCAGCGCCACGGCCACUGGCGGCGGCUCCGGUGCGUCUCCGCGCUCGGCCCGCCGAACUUCGCGACCGUCGGCGACCUGGGCAUCGGGCCCGGGAGCGUCGUGCGCGUCUGCCUCGAGGCGGCCCUCGACGACGGCGCCUUCGACUCCGGGCCCGACGGCCAGAGGGUCCUACUGGUGCGGCUCCUCGUCGACGACUGCUCGUCUUCCGUCGUCGGCGCCAAGUACGCGCGGGCGUCCCUGGGCGCGGAUCUCCGGGCCGCCGUGGCCGACAUGGCCGACGUGCCCGAGGUGGAGCUCGUGACGGAGGACGGCGAGUGGAUCUCGGACGACGAGCUCGUCUGGCCCAAAUACGCGUCGAAAGAGGUCCGGGCCUACCGCUGCCACGAGGCGGCGCUGCGCGCGGGGCCCUACGAGUCCGUCGUCGUGCACCGCGUCUGCGACGCCUGGGACCGGGACGCGCUCGCGGCCCUCGCCGAGGCCGCGUGGCCGACGCUGCCGGAAUCGUGCGACCUCGCGAUCCGAUUGAAUCACCGUCUGAUCGAAGCCCAGCCGGUGGUGCGCCUCGACCUCGCGCCGGGUCUGCUGAAGGAGCUGUUGCUCGCGUACGACGACCCGGUAUUUUUCCCGAGGGACGGCGCGGAGUCUCUACACGACGAGGGGUGCAUGGGGAUCGCCGUGCUGCCGCCGCUCCGCGACCGGUACCCCGCGAAGGACGCGGCGCGCGUCGCCCCCGGCCGCGCGACCGUGUCCUGCCGCGUCUGGGCCGGCGCGGACUACGAGGACCUGCGGCUCGAGGUGUCCGUCGUCGACGACUCGGAGCCGUCGCGCGACGUGCCCGAGGAGCUCGCCUACGAUUUGGACGACGCCGAGGACUUCCCGCCCAUCGGCGCGGAGAAGUCGCUGACGCCGCCGCGGAAGAUGCGGCGCGGCGACUACCCGGAGGGGCUCUACCCCGAGUCGCCGGACGGCGACGUGGACGCGCUCGUCGACGCCGCGUGCGGCGACGACUCCGCGGAGCAGGCGCGCGCGAACGCGGCGCCCGAGCACUUCACGCGGGACCAGCUCGACGCGCUCGGCGUGGCCGCGCCGUGCUGCGCGGACCUCGACGGCGAGGCGUCGCGGUCGGGCGACGUCGUGGCCUUUGCGACGACGCUGCGGCCGCGGACGACGUACCGCGCGCGGCUCGUGACGCCCGGCAACGUCUACGGGGCGCUGGGCGCGUGGACCUUCGCGACGGGCGACGGCCUCGGGGACGCGCCCGGCGACCCCAUCGACCUGUCGGCGAACCUCGACCUCAUCCACCGGCCGCGGCCGCGCGCCGCGCGGCCGCGGCCGCGCUACUCGCCGACGAUGGACGAGGACGUGCUCCGGUCCACGAUCCGCGACGUUCUGGACGGCCCGGACAUGUCGGACCCGCCGGGCGGCGUCCUCGACUCCCUGCGGAGCUCCUUGGACGGCAUCCGGGAGGACCUGCGGGGCAUGCGGGGCGCGCGCGCGGCGGCGCGCGUCGACGCGCUCGAGGCCGCGCUCGCCGCGGCGACGGCGUCGAGGGACGCGGAGGCCCGGCGCGCCGACGGCCUCGCGGCGGACCUCGCGUCCGGGAAGCGGCAGAAGCACCGCCUCGAGGUCCGGGCGCUGAAAGGCGCCGUCGCGACGCUGGGUUCGCAGCGCGAGGCCGCGGAGCAGCGCGCGACGCAGCUCGCGGGCGACGUCGCGGCGGCGCGGGGCGAGGCGCAGCGGCUCCGCAAGGAAGUCGCGGAGCGGCGGCGCUUCGCGGAGGCAUCCAAGGUCGCCUGGGACAAGGUGUCGAAGGAGUGGGCGGAGGCGAGGGACACGUGGGCCAAGGCGAGCGAGGACAUCCAGGCGGUCACGGAAGAUCGCGACGCCCUGCUCCGCCAGCUCGGCCGCUUCGAGGAGGCCGCGCUGGCCCGCGCGUCCGGCGGCGACCUCGCGGCGCUCGAGGAGGAGCUCGACGGCAUGGCGCGGCGCGUCCGCGCGGCGCGCGACGCGCGGCGCCGCGCGGUGCCCGAGGACUUCGUGUGCCCCAUCUCCUGCUGCGUCAUGGUCGACCCCGUCAUCGUCUCCGACGGCCACACGUACGAGCGCGCGUCCAUCGAGCAGUGGCUCGAGACGCACGACACGAGCCCGAAGACGGGCCUCGUGCUCGAGAUGAAGCACGUCGUGCCGAACAUCGCGCUCCGCAACGCCAUCGCCCUCUUCCGCGAGGCGAACCCGACGCUCGAGGACUAG